AUGCUGAAGAGAUUCUCCUACGUGCUGGGCAAUACUGUGCGAGAGACCGCCUAUGCGCUCGACCGCGUUGGUUGCCGCCUCCAGGGCAACUACGCCUUCACGGAGGAGCGUACGUUCUUACCGCCCCGGAUCGACAUCGGCACCCCCCCCCAUUUCGGAACUUACGCUUACGUCCCAUUAUGGCUGUGGAUUAUGGAUUGGGCUGGGCUGGGCGUCGACGACGAUGAGACAGUGAGCAGGCACAGGAGGGUCAUGGGCCUGUACGAUAAGCAGCCUGCCAUUUCACAGGACGUUUUCAUCGCCCCCAAUGCCAGUGUCAUCGGUUCCGUCUCGUUGGGCGAGGGCGCCAACGUUUGGUAUGGCAGCGUUCUUCGCGGCGAUGUUAAUGACAUCUCCGUGGGCAAGAAGAGCUCCAUCGGCAACCGGUCGGUUGUUCACGCCUCGGGGGGUCUCACAACCCUGGCCCCCACCAAGAUUGGCGACAACGUCGUCGUUGGUGACGGCGUCGUGCUCCACGGCUGCACGCUGGAGGACGAGUGCCGGGUCGACGACGGGGCCGUGCUGAACGACAACGUGGUCGUGGAGAAGCACGCCAUCGUGGGCCCCGGUGCCGUCGUCACCUCGGGCAAGAGGGUGCCUUCCGGCCAGGUGUGGGCGGGCAACCCGGCCAAGUACGUGCGGGACGUCUCCGAGGAGGAGAAGGAGUUCGCCGGCUGGGCUGAGAAGCGGUACACGCAGGCCAAGGCCCACCUGGCCCAGACCAUCAAGCUCGCCGAGGAGAAGGAGGUCGACCUGCUCACCGAGGACAUCCUGCGCGAGAUGCGCCCCGGCACUCGCUUUGCCGACUAA